GAGUAUUUAUAUUUGGGCGUCAAACGUUCCAGCAUCAAAGAAUUUCCUUGUGUUGCGAGUAUAUAGGAAAGUCAGCUUUACAAAUUACAAAACCACGCCAGAUUAUUACUACUAAUCAAAAUAAACUGCAAAAUAGCAAGUUCCCAGCAAAUGCAGGCUAGAGUGAGACGACCAAUGACUGCAUUAUUGUUUAUUUAAACGUGAAAGUUCUGCCUUUGCCCCCAUUCAACAUUAUUUUUAUUGGAUACUCGAAAUAUAAAAUGCUAGUGUAGUCCAAAAACCCACACCCAUUUGAUUUUGAUUCUACUUUCCUGCGCAUGAGAGAUGUCCGCCGCCCUCCUCCUCCUCCUCUGCUUGGCCGUGGCCGUUGCAGAAGCCACCAAGAUGAAAACCUUCAACGAAAGAUACCAGGGUUUCGAAUUCGGAAAAUACAAGGACAUCAUUCUGGUAGGCAACGCAACCAUCAACAACGGGGCUCUGCAAGUAACCAAUGAUAGUGCUAAUCCUGCUGCCAUCUCCCAUGUUUCUGGUCGCAUCCUCCUCAACAAGCGCUUUCGCCUCUGGGAAGGCGACCCCGACUCCACCACCGCUCCUCCUCGCCAACCCUCUUUCAACACCUCCUUCCUCGUCAACAUGUUCCCCGUCCCUAACGUAACCGCCGGUGAAGGUCUGGCUUUCGUCAUCGUCCCCACCCGCUUCGCCCUGCCGUUUAACAGCUCCGGCCAGUUCCUCGGCCUAACCAACGCCUCCACCGACGGCGCAACCGGCAACGAGGUAAUCGCCGUGGAGCUGGACACCUUCAAGCAAGAGUUCGACCCCGACGACAACCACAUAGGGCUCGACCUCCACAGCGUCAGAUCUGUGGUGGUUCAACCUCUGGCGCCCUAUAACAUCGUCCUUGCUUCAAACCCGGCCAGAUUCUACAACGUGUGGGUCGACUACGACGGCACCAACAGACGCAUCCAAGUCUACAUCGCCGAGCAGGCGGGGAAAGACGUGGCGACGCCGCUCAAGCCCCGGGAGCCGAUACUGUCGUACGGUCUGAAUCUGACGGAUCACGUGAACCGGGAUUCGUAUUUCGGGUUCGCGGCGUCGACGGGGAGCGCGGUGGAGUUGAACUGCGUGCUGAGAUGGAACCUGACCGUCCAGCACUUCGACGAGGAUCCGAAUUGGGUGGUGAUCGGUCUGGCGGCGGGGAUUCCGGGGGCGGCGUUGGUGGUGUUAGGGGCGGUGCUGGUGGUGUACUACUGGCGCAAGCGGCGGAUGGCGAUUUCGAAUCCGAAUCUGGUGGGGGCGCUGCGAAGCCUGCCCGGAACGCCGCGAGAGUUCGAGUUCAAGGACUUGAAGAAGGCCACCAACAGCUUCGACGAGAAGAACAAGCUCGGGCAGGGCGGCUACGGGGAGGUUUUCAGGGGGGUCCUCGUCAAGGAAAAUCAGCUGGACAUCGCCGUCAAGAGAUUCUCCAGGGAGCUUCAAGGCCAGGACGAUUUCUUGGCCGAGCUCACCAUCAUCAACCGUCUCCGCCACCGCCAUCUUGUCAAGUUACUCGGGUGGUGCCACAAGUAUGGGAAGCUGCUGCUGGUGUACGAGUACAUGCCCAACGGCAGCCUAGACAAGCACCUCUUCGUGGGGCCGAACGUGCAGGCGCUGGGGUGGCAGGUCCGAUACAAGAUCAUAUCGGGCGUGGCCUCCGCCCUGCAGUACCUGCACAACGAGUACGACCAGAGGGUGGUGCACCGCGACCUCAAGGCCAGCAACAUCAUGCUCGACUCCAACUUCAACGCCCGUCUCGGUGACUUCGGCCUGGCCCGGGCGCUCGACAAUGAGAAGACGUCCUAUGCCGAAGCAGAGGGGGUGUUGGGCACCAUGGGCUACAUUGCCCCCGAGUGUUUCCACAUGGGCAAGGCCACGCAGCAGUCGGACGUCUACGCCUUUGGUGCCGUGGUGCUCGAGCUCGUGUGCGGGAAGCGCCCCGGGGCCAAGAUCGGCGGUUUCCAGCUGCUCGUGGAUUGGGUUUGGUACCUGCACCGCGAUGACCGGUUGCUGGAGGCCGUGGAUCCGAGGCUGGGCGAGGACUAUGUGGCCGAGGAGGCGGAGCGGCUGCUGCUGCUGGGGUUGGCGUGCUCACACCCGGCUGCUGGCGGAAGGCCUAAGACGCAGGAGAUAGUGCAGAUCAUAUCGGGGACGGUGCCCGCGCCGGUUGUCCCGCCGUUUAAGCCGGCGUUCGUGUGGCCCGCGGCGGGGCCGAUGGGUUUGGACACUGACUCCACCCAAUCGAUGACGACCACCUCGCAUUUUGGGUCGGGGUGGAGUGGGCAGUACCUUAGCAGGGAGAGCUACACUGGCUACACUGACUCCUUGGUGUAGUUUCUUGUUGUGGAAAAGCAAUCAUCAAUGUGCAUUCUUCUAUCUGUCUCCUCUUUUCUUUCUUCUUCUUUUUUUUUUUUUUUUCUUCUUAUUCUUAAAGAUACUGUUUAGCAUACAAAAUUGUUGCAGUUUAAUUUGUUGUUGGAUUGGAAGUCCCAAGAUUUUCUGUCAGGAUAGCAGCAGUAAAACGUUUGGAUUGUGUAGUCCAUGGCGUCAUGUAAUUGUCAACACGUAAAUUUUUUUAUGAAUUUGUAUGAUAAAUACAACACGCGCAUAAUUUUAUAAUAGAGCAUUCAUUCAAGAGGGUCCCAAA